AUGGCGGAAUGUUCCCUGGACCAACAGAAUAACUCGUUGGUUCUCUGGAACCGUGCUAUAGAUGCCAAGUUUUAUGGAAAUGGCCGCAAGUUUUCAGGCGAGGAUUUCAACCCGAUGCUCUGGCGCUACGACGCUGUUACUGAUAUUCCAUGUAUUCUCUUCGUGGAAGAGCUGAUGGACGCCUAUCCUGACGCGAAGAUUAUUCUGACUACCCGUGCUGUCGAGCCCUGGUUGGCUUCCAUGCAGCACUACUACCUACUAACUGCUUCUAUGUUUAAGACAUACAUCGGCCUUUACAUCCCACUCUUACAAUCCGCACUUUCCGUGUGGACGGACGGGAGCUGGCAGACUAGUAGCCGUCUGACUACUGGCUUUGCCGCACAUAACGACCUUGUACGGACCGCUGCGCAGAAACGAGGGCGUGAAGUACUUGAAUUUAAAGUCCAGGAUGGUUGGGCGCCCCUGUGUCAGUUCCUAGGAAAGGUGUCGGACAGUUAUUUCCCCCAUGUGAACGAAGGUGAUUUUAUCACACGAUUCCAUAUCAUUAUUUUUUGGGUGAGAGUUGCUGGUCUGGUCAAGCGAGGCCUGAUAUUGUUGGCUCCGGUAGUCGCCGCAGCUGCCUGGUGGUACUAUUCUUAG